CGAACCUCUACGGAUUCAGAUUCAAGCUUCAAAUCCAGGAAACACCAAUGUCUUAUCUUCCUCAAGCUAUGUUCCUCAUUUAAACAUCUUCUACAUAUCCAUGUCUUCUCACUCCAAAAUGACAGCUUUAUCAUCAUCGAGCUUGUACGGGUUUCAUCACUAUCCCUCGUCAAAUACCUUACCUUUGCGUGAACCCUUCUGCUUCACUCUUCAGAUUCGACUCCUUCUACUUGGAAUAUGCUCAGUAGAGGCUAUUCUUCGAGUGAUACUCUAGUAGAAUCGAUUUGGUUUUAUUCUGAGAUGGGGAGACGAGGAAUCAAACCUAAUAAGCUUACUUUUCCUUUUCUUCUCAAGGCUUGUGCUUCGUUUUUAGGUCUCAUUGCGAGUAGGUACAGAUUCAAGUUGAGGUUUUGAAACAUGGGUUUGAUUCUGAUGUGUAUGUUGGGAAUAAUUUGAUUCAUCUAUAUGGUUCUUGUAAGAAAACUUCUGAUGCCAGGAAGGUGUUCGAUGAAAUGACUGACAGAAAUUUUGUUUCUUGGAACUCGAUUAUGACUGCUCUUGUUGAGAAUGGUAAGUUCAAUUUGGUGUUUGAGUGUUUUUGUGAGAUGAUUGGUAAGAGGUUUUGUCCGGAUGAGACGACAAUGGUUGUUUUGCUCUCUGCGUGUGGUGGUAACUUGAGCUUGGGGAAAUUGGUGCAUUCACAGGUGGUGGUAAGAGAGUUAGAGUUAAACUGUAGACUAGGUACUGCACUUGUAGACAUGUAUGCAAAAUCUGGUGGAUUAGAGUAUGCUAGGUUAGUUUUCGAAAGAAUGGUUGACAAAAAUGUUUGGACUUGGAGUGCCAUGAUUGUAGGUUUAGCACAAUAUGGAUUUGCAGAAGAAGCCCUUCAACUAUUCGCGAAGAUGAUGAAAGAAUCAACGGUGAGACCAAACUACGUGACAUUUCUCAGUGUUUUAUGCGCUUGUAGCCACACAUCAUUGGUGGAUGACGGGUACAAAUACUUCCACAAGAUGGAGAAAGCACACAAGAUCAAACCAAUGAUGAUUCACUACAGAGCAAUGGUAGAUAUCUUGGGACGUGCAGGUCGACUAAACGAGGCGUAUGACUUCAUAAAGAAAAAGCCUUUUGAGCCUGAUGCGGUUGUUUGGAGGACUCUACUCUCCGCUUGUAGUAUCUAUCACAAUAUUCGGACCACAAUUUGUAUUCAAAGCUAUUAUUGUCUCAAUUUUUAGAAAAUAUUCUCUAUAUAUACAACCAUGUAUCGCUCUUCUUCUUUA